AUGGCGUCAACUUGGGGUCUUCUGGAUGAUAAGGAGGAGCAGGAGUUGCACAAAACGCGACUGGUCAACAUCGAGGAGAAGCCCUUCAAGCGCAUCACCAAGCGGCUCACGUCCAUCUCGACGAUUGUAAAUGCCCACUCGAAACAGCAACCUACCCCUCCGCCCGAGGGCGCAAACGGCGACAAUGACGUCGAUACUGAAGUGAAGGAGGAGACGAAGACCGCUCAAACCCUGCGAGAGAUUGAUCAGAUCAAAGACGACCUCACCCUCGACUUCGCCGCAUUCGAUAGCAGUAUUGCCCGCCUGCAAUUCCUCCUCGAUGCGAAUGUACGCGAGCGCGAACGCUACAAAGCUGACCAGCAACGCAUUCUCGAGGAAUGCCAAAACGUCCGAGACAACAACGCGCGGCUGCGCGAACAGCUGGAUGGCGCCAGGGCGACGCUUGCCCAACGUAAGGAGUAUGACAAGCUCGCCAACGCGCUCAUGGCUAAGGGCCUGCGGCCGCGCGGGGAGCAGGAGUCGAACCUGAAGAAGCUCGAGGAGGAGAUUCGCGACCUGGAGAAGGAAAGUGAGACCUAUGCGGUGACGUGGCGGGAGCGACGCGAUCAGUUCAGCAAAAUUAUGGAUGAAGGCAUGCAACUGCGCAGACAGAUCCGCGACGAGAAGGAGGAGGUCGAGAGACGGGAGGGCAUGAACGAAGACGGCGAGGAGGACGGCGACGCUUCUAGAGGGGGCAACACGCCUCGGCACGUCUCUAGCGGCAACGUCACGCCGCACCCAGACAGCGGUGCCGUGCCGAGACCGGCGUCGGCGCACGAGGGUCAGUCGGAGGAUCAAUCUGAGGGUCUCAAGCCUCGAGCGAGUGGCCUGGGCGGCUUUUCGCGAUCUGGCAGCGCCGUCCCGAGUCAAAAUGGCACUCCUCAGCCUCAAGAUGAUGAUGAGGGCGAGAUUGAAGAGGGAGAGGACGUUGAGAUGGAUGACCGCCAUGAUACCCAACUUACUUCGGGAGGCGAUACGCCUCAAAUCACAGUGGACGCACCGGAGAGCAUGGAGGUGGACAGCUAA